AUGAGCGUAUCGAAAUUGAAUAAAAUGCAAUUUUCAGAUAAAAUGUCAAAUCUCGCAUUGGCACGGGUCACACGGAAGUGUAAAGAGGUGGCAAAUGCUUCUGAUAUCACGGAAGCGGGAAUUCAUGUCGAAAUAAAGGAGAACAAUUUAAUGGAUAUCAAAGGAUUCAUCAAGGGUCCAGAGGGCACACCUUACGCCGGAGGUACUUUUGAAAUAAAAGUCGAUAUUCCUGAACAUUAUCCGUUUGAGCCGCCAAAGGCAAAAUUUGUUACACGAAUCUGGCAUCCAAACAUCAGCUCACAAACUGGAACCAUUUGUUUGGACAUACUCAAGGAUAAAUGGACUGCAAGUCUUACACUUCGGACAGUUCUUCUAUCACUUCAGGCCAUGCUCUGUUCUCCUGAACCAUCGGACCCUCAAGAUGCAGUGGUUGCCAAACAGUUUAUCAAUAAUUAUCCAAUGUUUACGGCGACCGCUGUCUACUGGACUUCUUACUUCGCAAACUCUAAGAAAGAUGUUGAACCUGAUUUCAAUAGAAAAGUCGGGCGUCUCAUAGAGAUGGGAAUCAGAGAGACUGAAGCAAUUGUCUACCUCAGCUGCAACAAUUGGAAACUUGAGCAAGCUCUUCAAUUUAUUUUUGACUAGGAACCACCACAUUUUUUGUCCAGAUUCAUUAAAGAGGUAAUAGAAUUUGUGGGUAUUUUGCUCAAUUUUACU